UUAUAACUUCCUUCUCUUCCACAGCGUGCAGUAUGCCUGCAAACUCUGAUAACGUUGCCCUGCUGCAGCGAACUUUCAAACUACAGAACACUAUACAAAUAAACCCCUUGAACGUUGGUCCAUCCUGGGCGACCACUUCAGCAGCGGCCUGUGCCAACAGUUGCAUGCAGCUUUACCCCGACGACUGCCAAGCCCUCAUCUUCAAGCGCAGUGCAGGACUAUGCUUUAUUGUGUCCUUUUCCACAGACACAUCUUCAACAGUAACCGUAGGCGAUGGAGAUCUUUAUUACAUCUCUUGUGAUAUCUCCAAAGGUUUUCAGUAUGUGGUCAAUGGAACGACAAGAGCCUGCUUCGGCAUUUUCGGAGAAGGAAACUACUCAGUAGCGGUGGCGGCCUGCGCCAGCAAGGGAGCUGUCUUAAUGUCAGUGAAGACAGUAGAAAGACUGUCAUUACUUCUGCAGUUAUAUGAUGAGGAGAGCAGCAUCUGGGUGGGUUGCGAUGACUUGUCCCAGAAGUACACUUACCGCUGGAAGGACGACAGCAGUGUCUUGACCAAUGAAACAAUUUCUCAGUUAUUCACUCCCGGGCAACCCACUUACGCGGCCGGGGAGGACUGCGUCGGCCUAGGCUUUCGCGGCAAGUUGGCCGAUUACACUUGCUCCUUACAUUCUUACUAUGCUUGUGAAAUGGUCAUUUAG